AUUGAGUACUUUAUUGUAUUCUCAAAGUACGGGAAAAUGAGACUAAAGCGUUUAUUCAAAACAGUUUCUUCUGGUAAAAAGUCUCAGAUAAUGAACGACACAAUGGCACAGAUACUCAAACGUACUAAUGCAAUGUCCAAUAUCCUGGAUUUCCGGGGAUCUCGUCUAAUAUAUAAACGGUAUGCAAGCUUGUAUUUUUGUGCCAGCAUUGAAGAAAAUGAUAAUGAACUAAUCACACUGGAGUUAAUUCAGAGAUACGUCCAGCUUUUAGAUGCAUAUUUUGGAAAUGUGUGUGAACUGGAUAUUAUCUACGGGAUUGUUGAGGCGUACAUCAUUCUUGAUGAACUAUUGAUAGCCGGCGAGAUGGCCGAACCAAAUCUACGCGGAUUACUCAAAUCCAUCACAAAAGUAAGUGCAUCAUGUCUAAAGCUGUCUAUUCACAGCAUCAUAUUAAACACGCAUUUUUGA